AGCAUCUGCAGCAAGGACAACGACUCUGAAAUAAGAGACUCAACCUUUUAAAUUCUUAUGCCAACGAAUACAAAACUCACCGAGAGAAGAAACUAAACCUUCUUAAAGCUUACGUCAAUGGUCGAAACGUUCCAUGACUGUACAGUCAUGACACCCAUGUCCCCAUGCUUCAAAACUCUCCUCUUCCUUCUCCUCUUCAUCCUCUCCAUUAUCCCCGGUCACCAAAGCCAGUACUCACAUCCACUAGACCCACUAACUCCGGCAGAGAUUACACUGCUCCAGGCCAUUGUCCAUUAUUCAUACCCCACAUCAUUUCACAUUGUCAACUUUCAUUACGUAGGCCUAGAAGAACCACACAAAUCCUCUGUCCUUUCAUGGCUAAGAAACCCUUUGAAGGAAAUUCCACAUCGCCAAGCCUUUGUAAUAGCCAGAAUAGACCAUGUCACUCGUGAAAUCAUCGUUGACUUAUCACUAUAUCAGAUCAUUUCUGAUCAAGUCUAUGAUGGCUAUGGCUACCCUUUGCUUGUUUUCGAAGAGCUAAAAGCAGCCGUCAAUUUGACGCGUACAUAUGGACCCUUUUUGGAAUCAAUUAAAAAGAGAGGACUCGAGAUUGAAGAGGUGGCUUGUGGGAGUUAUGCCGCUGGAUGGUUUGGAGAGAAGGAAGCGUCCAAAAGGAUUGUGAGGGUGCUAUGUUACUAUUUAAAUGGGACAGUUAAUUUGUAUAUGAGGCCAAUUGAGGGUAUUUCCGUGACAGUUGAUCUUGAAAAGUCGAUAAUCACGCACUUUAGAGAUAGAUUGAUGGUUCCAGUCCCAAAGGCGGAGGGGACUGAUUACAGAGAAUCGAUGCAAAUGCCGCCUUUUGGGCCACCGAUGAAGCAGAUCACGGUGGUGCAACCUCAAGGUCCAAACUUUGAGAUUUACGGACACAGGGUUAGGUGGGCCAAUUGGGAUUUUCAUCUGAGUUUCGAUGCUAGAGCAGGUCCAGUUAUAUCUUUGGCAGCAAUAUUUGACGUUGAGAAGCAGCAGUAUCGCGAAGUCCUGUAUAAAGGAUUUGUAUCAGAGCUGUUCGUGCCGUAUAUGGACUUAACUGAAGAAUGGUACUAUAGGACAUUUUUUGAUGCUGGUGAAUAUGGAUUUGGUCUGUCUGCAACCCCACUUCAGCCCCUUAGAGACUGCCCACCAAAUGCCUAUUUCAUUGAUGCUUAUUUUGCUGCCCAAAAUGGGUUGCCUGUGCAGAUGCCUAAUGUCUUUUGCAUCUUUGAGAGGUAUUCUGGGGAUAUCAUGUGGCGUCACACUGAGACUAUAAUACAAGACCAAGAGGUGCGGGAGGUUAGGCCAGAUGUGAGCUUGGUGGUGAGGAUGAUCGCAACAGUGGGCAACUAUGACUACAUAAAUGAUUGGGAAUUUAAGCAGACUGGUUCUAUCAAAGUCACGGUUGGACUGACUGGUUUGCUACUAGUAAGAGGAUCAAUAUACACCCAUACAGACCAAAUAGAGGGGGAAGCGUAUGGUACACUAUUAUCAGAAAAUACUCUGGGUACUCACCAUGAUCACUACCUUACUUAUCACCUUGAUCUUGAUGUGGAUGGGUACGCAAAUUCGUUUGUCAAAUCCAGGAUGCAAAUGACACAAGCGAAUGAUGACAAGUUGCCUAGGAAGAGUUACUGGAGGGUUGUUAGUGAAACAGCUAAAACAGAAUCUGAUGCCAGGAUUAAACUUAGCUUGGAGCAAGCUGAUCUAUUAGUAGUUAAUCCCAACAAGAAGACCCAUGUUGGGAAUUCCAUUGGUUACCGUCUAAUCCCUGGAUCAAUCAUAAGUCCCCUCUUAUCAAAUGAUGAUUAUGAGCAGAUUCGUGCAGCCUUCACCAACUAUAAUGUCUGGGUUACACCGUAUAACAAGUCUGAAAAAUGGGCAGGGGGACUAUUUACAGAUCGGAGCAGAGGGGAUGAUACCCUAGCUAGAUGGAGCCACAGGAACAGGACGAUAGAAAAUGAGGACAUUGUGCUGUGGUACACAGUGGGCAUUCAUCACAUUCCGAGUCAAGAAGAUUUUCCGGUGAUGCCAACAUUAAGCUGUGGAUUUGAACUCCGGCCAACUAAUUUUUUUGAGAGAAAUCCCGCGCUUAAAGUCAAACCGGCUUCACCAACUCAGUGGCUGAAUUGUUCUGCAUAUGGAUGAUUGCUUUAGAUAGUGGAUUAAUGGAUUUUGCUAAUAAUGCACUCAAGAUUAAUGGCUUUCCUCCCUUUCUUUAUUGCUCUGUACUCUGUAGGACUGCAUGUGUUGAUCGUUUGGACUUAAUGAAAUCUUGGAAAAUGCUUCCACAAAUGAAAUUUUUGUUUGAAACUCGAAGUUAUUUAUAAGCUUCAUUUUAAAUUUGAUGAAUCAGACGCUUGAUUCCACUUCAGCAUAUUGUGUUAGU